AUGCGAAAGGUGCUCGAAUGUGGACUCUAUUGGCCAACAAUGUCAAGAGAUACUUAUCUAUUUUGCAAGAGUUGUGAUAGAUAUCAAAGAAUGGGCACCAUAUCCAUGAAAAACAAAAUGAUUCAAAGCCCCAUCCUCAUUUGUGAGAUCUUUGAUGUAUGGGGAAUUGACUUCAUGCACCCAUUCCCCGUUUCUUUUGGUUACACUGAUAUCCUCUUGGCGGUUGAUUAUGUCUCAAAGUGGGUGGAAGCAAAGGCUACAAGGCAUGAUGAUUCUAAAACUGUAAUUGACUUCUUGAAGUCAAACAUUUUCGCAAGAUAUGGUGUACCGAGAGCUUUGGUGAGUGAUAGGGGCACUCAUUUUUGCAAUAAAAUGAUGGAAGCCAUGAUGAAGAGAUAUGGUGUCACACACCGGAUAUCAACCGCUUAUCAUCCGCAAACAAACGGCCAAGCCGAAGUGUCAAAUCGAGAAGUCAAACAAAUUCUUGAAAAGACGGUCAACACUACACGAAAAUAUUGGAGCUUGAAGUUAGAAGAUGCAUUGUGGGUGUAUCGGACCGCCUACAAAACUCCAAUUGGUAUGUCUCCAUUCUGCCUCGUCUAUGGAAAGUCUUGUCAUUUACCAGUGGAAUUAGAACACAAGGCAUAUUGGGCGGUUAAAAAGUGUAAUUUCAAUCUUGAAGAAAGUGGAAAGCACCGAAAAAUGCAACUUCAAGAAAUAAAAGAGUUCAGGAACGAGUCUUAUGAAAACGAAAGCAUCUACAAAGAUAAGACAAAAGUGUUUCAUGACAAGCACAUCACUCGUAAGCAUUUUAUUCCGGGCCAAAAAGUUAUCCUUUAUCAUUCACGCUUAAAGCUAUUCCCGAGAAAGUUGCGAUCUCGAUGA